GGGGUGUCGGGGCCUGAGGCCGUGGGCACGUUGGGGGAGAGGAUGGUUCCAGGCGCCGGGCCUCGGGCCCUUUCCCUGUGAGCUGGAGGGGUCAUGUCUCAUCUUCCCUAUUUUUAAGCGCUCCUGCCCUUUCGCUUCUCAGGUGCGCGUCGGGCCGCGCCCGCCUCAGCGCCCUUCCCGUGCUCUGCGGGGCACAGCAGCGAGUCGUUGGAGGCGAGCAGAAAACAGCCCCUAGAUGAUCUUCCGGUUCAGUCAUGGGUGUGAGAGGCUUGCAGGGGUUCGUGGGAAGCAGCUGCCCUCAUGUGUGUACAGUAGUAAGUUUCAGAGAGCUGGCCGAGCAGCACCGAAGCAAGCACCCUGAGUGCCCUCCCACUGUCGUGGUGGACGCCAUGUGCUGUCUCAGGUACUGGUACACGCCCGAGUCCUGGGUGUGCGGCGGCCAGUGGAAAGAAUACUUUGCUGUUUUGCGAGAUUUUGUUGGCAUGUUUACCGCUGCCGGCAUCAGGCUGGUGUUCUUCUUUGAUGGCAUGGUAGAGAAGGACAAGAGAGAGGCUUGGGUGGCACGGAGGCUGAAGAACAACAGGGAGGCAGCCAGAGUUUUCCGCUACAUCAAGGCACAUGGGGCGCAGCCCGGCAGGAGCAUGUUCCUCAUCCCUCCGGGGCUGGCCGUGUUCACACGGUGCGCCCUGAAGGCGCUGGGCCAAGAAACUCGGUGUUCCCUACAGGAGGCUGACUAUGAGGUGGCUGCCUAUGGCCUCCGGCACAACUGUCUAGGGAUUCUCGGAGAAGACACCGACUAUUUGAUUUAUGACACCUGCCCCUACUUUUCAAUCAGCGAGCUCUGCCUGGACAGUCUCAGUACCAUCAUGCUCUGCAGGGAGAAGCUGUGUGAGAGUCUGGAUCUCCACCUGGCAGACCUUCCUCUUCUGGCCUGCCUGCUGGGCAAUGACAUCGUCCCGGAAGGCGUGUUUGAGACGUUUCGGUACAAGUGCUUGUCCUCCUAUACCUCUAUAAAAGAGAACUGUGACAAAAAAGGCAACGUCAUCUUAGCUGUAGCAGACCACAUAUCCAAAGUUCUUCGUUUACAUCAAGGUGAGAAAAAGCUAGAAGAGAUGUUACCUUUGGGACCAAACAAAGCUCUCAUUUAUAGGGGGAUGGAAUCAUAUCUUUUGCCAGGACAGAAAUCUCCAUGGAUUUCCCAAAAAGCCAGAGUUAUAACAGUGGACAAGCAAGUAUCUGUGAGUUCAGACCCUGAGUCCAAGCAAGAAAGUCCCAUGUGUACAGACCCGGAAUCCAAGCAAGAAAGUCCAAUGAGUUCAGACGCCGAAUCCAAGCAAGAAAGUCCCAUGUGUACAGACCCUGAAUCCAAGCAAGAAAGUCCGGUGAGUUCAGACCCUGAAUCCAAGCAAGAAGUUGCCUUGUGUACAGACCCUGAAUCCAAGCAAGAAAGUCCUGUGAGUUCAGACCCUGAAUCCAAGCAAGAAGCUCCUGUGUGUACAGACCCUGAACCCAAGCAAGAAGACCCCAUGAAUAUGGAGCCUGAAAUCAAGCAACAAGUAACCGUGGUUUCAGACGCUGAAAUCUUAAAGAUUGCUAGGGCCCGUCACGUCCAGGCAGAGAGCUACCUGGUGUACAACAUCAUGGCCAACGGGGAGAUCGAGUGUAGCAACACCUUGGAGGACGCACUGGACCAGGCCCUGCCCAGCCAGGCCUUCGUCUACCGCCCGGUGCGGCAGCGCGUCUACUCCCUACUGCUAGCCGAAGGCCAAGAUGGCGCUGGCAGCUGCCCACCUGUCCAGGAGUGGUUUGUGUACUCUGGGAACCCGCUGAAGCACCCAGACCUCGUCAGGCCUCUGCCGAUGAACAUCCCAGGGGGAGCACCUAGUCUGAAACUGCUGUGGCUGGACCAGGAGCCCGGAACCCAGGUGCGGCGGAUGGAUGCGCUCCUCGCCUGCUUCGACCUCUCCUCCUCGCGGGAGGACCUGCAGGCCGUGGAGAGCCCCUUUCAAGCACUGUGCUGCCUCCUCAUCUACCUGUUUGUGCAGGUGGACACCCUGUGCCUGGAGGACCUGCAUGCUUUUAUUGCUCAGGCCUUGUGCCUCCAAGGAAAGUCGGCUGUGCAGCUUGUGGACUUGCAGCUCGAUCACAUCGACCCCAGAGCCGUGCAGCUGGGCUCCCUCCUGGUCCGCGGCCUGACCAUGCUGUUGCUGGUUAAUAGCGCAUGUGGCUGCCCCUGGAGGAUGAGCGAUUUCAUGCCCUGGAACAUCUUUGAUGGGAAGCUUUUCCAUGAGAAGUACCUGCAGUCUGAGAAGGGAUACAGUGUGGAGGCCCUUGUGGAGCAAAAUAGGUCCCGGGUCACCAGGUUCCACCAGCUGAAGGCCAUUGUGUGCAAGGCCUGCCUGAGGGAGGACCGGCGCAUCGUCAGCCGGCAGCUCUGGCAGCCGCACCACUCAGGGAGGUGGGGAAGACAGGGAUCCAGCUCCCACAGGACGAGCUUCCGGCACAGCAGGUCGGGCCCAGGACCACACUGGAGAGCCCAAGGCCCAGGAAACAGACAGCAUGAUCCUGACCCGUGGAGAAGGUACUCGUCUUCCGGGUGGUCCAGCUGACCCUCCUCUGGAACCGUCACCACCUCUCACAGCUAGAGCGAGGAGAACCCUUUUAACUUGGGUGUGGAGUAUGAAGCCAACCCGCCUGCUUACGGACCUAAGGACACAUGAUAGGGCCAUGUGUCUCACACCACCCGCUCCAGUGUGGUAGAGCUGGACUCGGUCUGUGUUUCAGCUCCUUCCCAUGGACAGUGGUCAGAGGAGGCCACUCAUGAGAGCAGCCUGCUGUUCCCAGAGCAUCCCCCAGCUUCACCCCAUUGAGGGCCUGUCUUUGAUGAGGAUGGUUGUCGAUGUGGAGAAACCAUGGGGAUGUGUUUCAGGGAGAGAAGAAAGACGACCUCCUGUGCGCUAGGGGCACCUCCAUCCCCCAGGGCUGGGCUGUCGUCAUAGUGCCUGGUCUGAGAAUCUUGGAGAGAAACCUGCAGCCACAUGGAGCCCACGGACACGUGUCUCUUUCAGUGGUACUCGAACUCAUCACACUGAGGUUAAAAAGUGAUUCCACAGCAACUCGUUUCCUCCUAGUGGUGCCCAAGCCCUGACAUAAAGGGCCUUUGGCAAGGUUAUUGGUGUAGACAUGGCUCUUAUGGCUGGAUUCCUUGUUUAAAUUUGUCAAAAAUGCCUUGGUCACGAGGUCAGAGUUUUCCACUGGUGAGUGGAAACGACUGGUCUAUGGCUGCCGCUUUGCUCAGCCCACACCCGGGGCCAUGGGGGCUGUGUGUUCCUGCCUCAUUCUGCAGGGGGCCUGACUGGGUCUGGCCCCCCAUGCUGUGGCAGUGGUCCAGGCACACGUCUGGGGUGCACAUCCAUGAACAUAACGGUCAGUGUGCCACCAGUGAGAAAGCAGCACUGCUUGCUCUGCGUCUGCUGCUCCUUUGGACCCAUCACUCAUGUUCUAGGCCUGAAAAGAACCUGGGGAUCUUUGGUACCAGGUGAGAUCAGCAAGGUUACCUGUGGGCUCUGGCAGCAAGGUCCUGGCCAGGUUGGGGGCUGCCACCCCCUGCCUCACGCCUCCAGUGUCAUCUUCAGUUGGUGGGUUUUUUCGUUAAGGUUUCCCGAAUGUGAGUCCCGAGUACACUUGACAGGGAAAAAGUGGCAGUUCCUGUCAAUUUGCUGCUGCUGCUCUAAUGUUACGUAAAUACGUCAGACAUGCAUUAGAUUCCUCGUGCCUAGAGCUUUCAGUGCAGCUCUCAGCCCCAGACAUCGUGCAGGUGAAACAAGGGCAGAGUCGUGGAGCAGACAGUGUUGGUACCAGUCCCUGGUGGCUCUGUGGGCUGGCGGCCAUGGCUGCGGAGAGGCCUUUGCACAGGCACUGGCUGCAGCCCCUGCCACAGAAGGGACACAGUGUGCCCUUACCUUAAGGGGAGCUGGGCAUGAUGGUGGUGCCGGGACAGGGAGGCUAAGGAGACCCUGCUGGGGCACCAGUCACAGUCCUGUCCUGGGAUCCUCCCGUCCCUGUCAUCCCAUGGAGACGGGAGUCCCACUGCGUGCACCCCUUGAACCAGCAGAGCCUCGUGUGGUGUCUGCUUCCAGCACGCUGCCUGCUGCUCCACGAGCAUCUUCUACAGGGACUGAUUUUGGAGGGACUUCUGCCUUAUCUCUGCCUUUUGGGUUUUGCGGAAAGAAUGACUCCAUGUGUUGUGUCCUUGAAAAUAUAAAGGAAACAAGGAUGGCCAGUGGCAGUGUUUGUAUCUCAGGCAAAGCACAUGUUUUAAAGCACCGAGGACCAGAUUUAAUAAAUCACCUUUCUCUUCAGGUCUCGGCACCUCAAGAGCUUGGGCA